UUAGCUCAGAGGCUUUGGCGUCCUUGCUUCGACCGCCUAGCAACCUUAGGACGCGGAAGGGGCCUUGGGCAUGCUGGGAACUGGGUCCCGGAGUCGGGUGCGCCCUGGUGCUUCCUGGGCCGCUGACAGCAGGGUGCACCCUAGUUCUUGACCUCAGGGAGCUAAGAACCUCGUGCACGUGACAGGUGAUGGUCCCUCUCUGAUCACUCUUCUGUCGCAGCCCCCUCCCUCAGCCCCGUGGGUGAGUCCUCAGCUCCCUUCCUCCCGUGUUCGCAUAUCCUCAUGGCUUCCUGGGGUGACUGUUGACAUUAUUCCGAAGGCCCGCUCCGGUCUCGACUUGAUGCUCUCCUGUUUCCCACAGUCAGCCUGCGCUGAAUAAUCGGGCAGUCUGUUGUUGCCCUUCCCAGCCUCUCCUGUCGUGAAGUUUUCUUCAGAGCUCAGCGUGCCUCUUGCUAUGCCCUACCUGGACGAGCCCCCCACUCCACUCCACUUCUACCGGGACUGGGUCUGCCCCAACAGGCCCUGCAUCAUCCGCAAUGCCCUGCGGCACUGGCCAGCUCUCCAGAAGUGGUCCCUUCCCUACCUCAGAGCCACAGUGGGCUCCACAGAGGUGAGUGUGGCUGUGACCCCAGAUGGUUACGCGGAUGCCGUGCGAGGGGACCGCUUUGUGAUGCCCGCUGAACGCCGCCUACCCCUGAGCUGUGUGCUAGACGUGCUGGAGGGCCAAGCCCAACACCCAGGGGUCCUCUACGUGCAGAAGCAGUGCUCCAACCUGCCCACUGAGCUGCCGCAGCUGCUGCCUGAUCUGGAGCCUCACGUGCCCUGGGCCUCCGAGGCGCUGGGAAAGAUGCCUGAUGCUGUGAACUUCUGGCUGGGGGAGGCGGCUGCAGUGACAUCUUGUAGGUGUCGGGAAUACAAAGAUCGGGGAGGAGUGCAUAAGGACCACUAUGAGAACCUCUACUGUGUGGUCUCGGGAGAGAAGCACUUCCUGUUACAUCCACCCAGUGACCGGCCCUUCAUCCCCUAUGAGCUGUACACACCGGCAACCUACCAGCUAACUGAAGAGGGCUCCUUUACAAUGGUGGAUGAAGAAGCCAUGGAGAAGGCAAAGGUGCCUGGGACCUGCCUCCUCACUGUCCGUGUUCUGCAGGCCCGCAGCCUGCCCUCUAAGGACCUGGUGACCCCUCCUGACUGCUAUGUGACUCUGUGGCUGCCCACGGCCUCCAGCCAUAGGCUCCAGACACGCGUGGUCAAGAACAGCAGAAACCCCAUCUGGAAUCAGAGCUUUCACUUCCGAAUCCACAGUCAGCUCAAGAACGUCAUGCAACUGAACAUCGUUGACCAGGACCUUCUGACCAGUGAUGACCUCGUGUUGUCGGGUGAGGAGCAACUGGAAGUUGAAUUUCGGUUACAGAGUCUGACAGACUGCGCUGAGCAGCUCAUCAGCAAUGGCAUCCUGGUGGCCCGGGAGCUCUCCUGCUUGCAUGUUCGACUGGAGGAGGCCGGGGACCAGCAGGGGUCAGAGCGCAGAGUGCAGCUUGUGGUUCCCGGGUCCUGUGAGGGUCCGCAGGAGGCCUCUGUGGGCGCCGGCUCCUUCUGCUUCCACUGCCCGGCCUGCUGGGAGCAGGAGCUGAGUAUCCAUCUGCAGGAUGCCCCUCAAGAGCAACUGAAGGUGCCUCUGAAGGCCCUGCCCUCCAGCCAAGUGGUGAGGCUCGUCUUCCCUACAUCUCAGGAGCCCCUGAUGAGGGUGGAGCUGAAAAAAGAAGAAGGACCCAGGGAGCUGGCUGUGCGGCUGGGCUGCGGGCCCUGCGCUGAGGAGCAGGCCUUCCUGAGCAGGAGGAAGCAAGUGGUAGCCAGGGCCCUGAAGCAGGCCCUGCAGUUGGACGGAGACCUACAGGAGGACGAGAUCCCAGUGGUAGCUAUUAUGGCCACUGGUGGUGGGACCCGGGCAAUGACUUCCCUGUAUGGGCAGCUGGCCGGCCUGAGGGAGCUGGGCCUCUUGGAUUGCAUCUCCUACAUCACAGGGGCCUCGGGGUCUACCUGGGCUUUGGCCAACCUCUAUGAGGACCCAGAGUGGUCUCAGAAGGACCUGGCAGGGCCCACUGAGUUGCUGAAGACCCAGGUGACCAAGAGCAAGCUGGGCGUGCUGGCCCCCAGCCAGCUGCAGCGGUACCAGCAGGAACUGGCCGAGCGUGCCCGCCUGGGCUACCCGACCUGCUUCACCAACCUGUGGGCCCUCAUCAACGAGGCGCUGCUACAUGAUGAGCCCCAUGACCACAAACUCUCAGACCAGCGGGAGGCCCUGAGUCAUGGCCAGAACCCUCUGCCCAUCUACUGUGCCAUCAACACCAAGGAGCGGAACCUGACCACCUUUGAAUUUGCGGAGUGGGUCGAGUUCUCCCCCUAUGAGGUCGGCUUCCCCAAGUAUGGCGCCUUUGUUCCCUCCGAGCUCUUCGGCUCUGAGUUCUUCAUGGGGCGCCUGACGAAGCGGCUCCCUGAGUCCCGCAUCUGCUUCCUGGAAGGUAUCUGGAGCAACCUGUAUGCAGCCAACCUCCAGGACAGCUUGUACUGGAGCUCAGAGCCCAGCCGGUUCUGGGACCACUGGGCACAGGAUCGGGCCAGCUUGGACAAGGAGCAGGUCCCUCUUCUGAAGAUAGAAGAGCCUCCCACAGUGGCCGGCAGGAUGGCUGAGUUUUUCACUGACCUUUUGACACGGCGCCCACUUGCCCAGGCCACCCACAAUUUCCUGCAUGGCCUCUAUUUCCAUGAGGACUAUUUCCAGCAUCCUCACUUCUCCACCUGGAAAGCCACCAAACUGGACGGGCUCCCCAACCAACUGACCCCUGCAGAGCCCCACCUUUGCCUGCUGGAUGUCGGCUACUUUGUCAACACCAGCUGCCCGCCCCUCCUGCGGCCCACCCGGGAUGUGGACCUCAUCCUGUCGCUGGAUUAUAACCUCCAUGGAGCCUUUCAGCAGCUGCAGCUCCUGGGCCGGUUCUGCCGGGAGCAGGGGAUCCCGUUCCCGCCCAUCUCACCCAGCCCCGAGGAGCAGCGCCAGCCUGGGGAGUGCCACGUGUUCUCAGACCCCAGCUGCCCCAAGGCCCCUGUCGUGCUGCACUUCCCUCUGGUCAACAGCUCCUUCCGGGAGCACUCAGCCCCUGGGGUACGGCGGACACCUGAGGAGAAGGAGGCUGGGGAGGUGAACCUGUCUUCAUCCGACUCCCCUUACCACUACUUGAAGGUGACCUACAGCCAGGAGGAUGUGGACAAGCUGCUUCGCCUGACGCAUUACAAUGUCUGCAACAACCAGGAGCUGCUGCUGGAGGCCCUGCGGGAGGCCGUGGGACAGCGGAGGCGGCGCAAGCAGCACGGUCUGGAGUGAUGGUGUUGAUGGCUGCAGAGGGGACAGUGCACUGGCCUGAGGCUCCCAUCUGGCCCCCGCCACCCCUGACUCUUUUUCCAGGCUCACUCCCCAUCCACCUGGCUGCUCGGGUUGAGUUGGGAUAGAUACUGUCAAUACCAAGUGUUCUAGAGCCUCUGGGGACUCCGCCAAGGUGUGUGCCCAGCACUACCCAGAUGUGGCAUUGAAGCCAUCAGCAGCUCUGCCGCAGACACCCCUGGGUGGGUCGAGGGCUUCAAACAGGGACUGGGCCCCCUCUUCUCGGGCCAGGAGGGAGGCCCAGUCCCUCUUGGCUGCUGGCCCUGCUGGGGCUUGGUCCCCAGGGAAGGGCCGGAGCUGGCUUCCUCUUCAAGCAAGGAGAUUCAGAGGGAGGGCAGCUGGAGCCCAGAGCAGUACUGACCCCAUUUGUGUUAAGCGCUCAGAGCCCUGGGCGUCUGUCUGCUUUCGUUUGGGUGCUACCUUCUGGAGUUGUACAGAGCGAAAUAGAGCACUUUCUAUUUUUCAGAGGCUCAUACAAAUGUGAGGCGUUAUCUGAGAUUAUCUGUCAUUGCUGCCAAGAAGGGACAUGUCAUUCCAGGCUCUUGGUUACACAUGCAAGGACUAAUUUAACAAAACAAAAUGAAACGUCUCCCCAGGCCCCUUACAGAGCUAGUGGGUCAGCAUGGGCUUCCCCUGAGGAGUAGACCACCUGCUCUUGGCCAGGUCUGCCCCAUACUCGGGGCCACCUUUUCCAAGCAGGGACGAGGCCAGUUUUGCCUGGGGGUCUCCGCUGCCGCGGCCUUGUCAGGUGAGUGGACUCGCAGGCAAUGACAACUAGCACCCCUGUCCUCCUCACCCAGGCAGGGACCUCGAGGAGAGGCCAGGGACUCAGUCACAGGGCUGCUUCCUGUCCCACAGUAAGGAUGGCCAGACCUGGGACCAGAUGAGCUAAAGAAAGAGACCAGCGCCAAUGGCGUAACUCCAGCAAGUGGUAACCUUGGUGGGGCCGUCUCCUCACAAGACACUGUCUAUUCCAGAAGUUGAUCCCGAGGGGCCUGGUUGCUGAGUCUCAUUCUGGUCCCCUAGGGGUGUCCUCACUUUUAGCCCUGAGGUUUGGUGCCACUUCAGGGUUCACUUCAGGGCCUGGACCUGUUGAGAGAACAGGUAGGCGGAGUGAAUGUUGGGCCCAGCCACCCCAGAAUCUUCUCUAAGCACUGGUGCCCCAAGCCUCUUGCCUCCCCUGGAAUAUUCUAUCUCCUUCUAACACAGAUGUGAGAUGUAGAUGCUGGGAGCAGUGAUCACAGUGUGUGGGAUGGAUGGGAGAUAAUUGGUUCUCAUGACCCAACUCACUACAUCUGUCUGCCCUGGCCCAGUGACUCUCAGGCCCUGGGCAUGUGGCUAGAGUCACAGAGCAGAAGAAAUGGCUGCCUGGGGAGCCUCAGAAGCCACUGUGUCCAGGACAAGGCCCGUUCACUUAGCAACACAUCAUCUGAACCAUAAAUUGGAGCCUGUGGGCCCUGCAGGAGAGGGAGUGGAUAAUUACACUGGAGACACGACUGUGGCUGCCACCCAUCCGUGUGAGCGCUCCUUAGGUGCGUGGCUGUGUAUGUGUCUGUCUCUGUAUCUAGUCUGUGUGACAUCCUGGCCCUCUCUAGGACAGUAAGGCCCCCUCUCCCUGUGGAGUGCGGGUCAAGUAGGAGACGAUCGAGGCAGGGAUAAGAGUGAGGGUGCAGGAGGGGUCUGGCUGUCCUGUAAACUGUCCUGCAAACAAUGCUGUGUCUUGGAGAAGGAGAAAAGAAGCAGACCAAGGAGUGAGGGAUGUGUGGGCCCAAGGCAGACAGAGCCAGGCAAGUUUUCUAGCAUGCGCAAAGGGAACCCGCAUCCCCCUCACCUUGGGUCUGGCCUGAGCAGGAAAGGCGGUGGGAGCCUUGCACGGUUUUCUCUGCAAGGCCAGCCCUCUGCGGGGACUCC